CUGUCUAGAAGAUGGCUGUAGGGACGUUGACUUAACAUCACCGUAAUUUUUAAUCUGAGAUUUCAAUUCCCACUCCACUUUUUCCAUUACCCGAAUUCUUCUCCUUUGAAAUCUUCGCCUGAUUGUAGAGAAUCAAUUGGAAGUUUUGUCUUUUUUCUUUGUUUCAUAGUAUUUGUUCUUACAUCUUCAUAGUAUUGGUUUUGUUGAGUCUUACCAUCUUCCCCAUAAGCUAAUCUGGGACCUGUUGUUUUUCCCAGAUCUUUUUUCAUUUCAGACAUGUCUAUUUUAAGCAGAAACAGUAGCACCAACAUGGGCACACCCUCUUUCCAUGAGCUGAAAAAGCAGGCUUCUUUCUUCUUCAAAGAGAAAAUCAAGACUGCUAGAUUAGCUCUCACAGAUGCCACCCCUGCACAAUUAGUGACAGAAGAAUCUACAAGUGGAAAUACAUGGGCGCCCGACAUGCCUACUCUGGGUUCCAUUUCAAAGGCUGCUUUUGAGCUAGAUGAUUACACGAGAAUUGUGGAAAUUCUGCACAAAAGAUUCCUGAAGUUUGAAAGAAAGAACUGGAGGAUCUCCUACAAUUCCCUGAUUGUUCUUGAGCAUUUGCUGACUCAUGGACCAGAGAGUGUUGCAGAAGAGUUUCAAACUGACAAAGAUGUCAUCUAUGAAAUGGAAAGCUUUCAGUACAUAGACGAGAAAGGAUUUAAUUGGGGCCUUGCUGUUAGAAAGAAAUCAGAAAGAAUUUUGAAGCUGCUUGAGAAAGGCCCUCUUCUAAAAGAAGAGAGAGGCCGAGCUCGGAAGCUGACAAGGGGGAUUCAAGGCUUUGGGAGCUUUGGCCAGCGCUCAUCUUCAUCAGCACAAGGCAUGUUAAAAGAAUCAUCAUCUUUAGCAACCAUUGGAAGGUCUAAUUCUCAGUUCAAUAGUCAAGAAAAUCAGGAAAACCAGUUGCCCGACUCAAACAAAGAAGUUCAAAAAUCACAGGAUGUAAUGCUUGAGGCUUGCAAUAAGGUGGAGAAUGAGAAAUCUUGUGGCAGUUUAUGCAGUAGCCAGGUGAUUGAGAAAGGUGAAACUCAGACGAGUUUCAAAGAAAAUAUGGCUCCCAAGAGGGAAGAGUUGCACAGAUGGAACUUCACAGAGGACUCUAACCCACUUCUGGAUGGUAAGAAAGAUGAACCCAAGAAUGAAAUGUCCAUGGAAGAUCAUCCCUUCAGUGAUGCUGAGAAUCAUACCACUGCCUCACUGCUUUUGUAAAAUUCGACUGAAACAGAAUAUGUUGUUAUCGAUAAAAUCAGUCAACUAGCUGAGAUUUGGUUGUUCAAGUCAUCAUGUGUGUGGGUAUAAUAGUUGUUGUGCUUGGUAAGCAUGAAGAGAGUGUUUCUUGAAACUCU